GAUCUCUAUUUGGAAGGAAACGCCCUCCUUCAGAGUUCCUUCUUAUGAUUUUGAAUGUCAUACGUUUCACGUACGCGACAAACCUGUACAGACGCAUCAUAAAAGUUUUAUAGAUUUAUAAAUCUCAUACUAUUGACCUCUCUUGUACUUUGAUUAUCUCCACCAGUUCUGUGCGCAAAGAUGUUCAAUUGAGCAUUGGUAGUUUGCUGGAGAAAAAUUAAGGCCUCGUUGUCUUUGGCGACCACUCGACAUAUCUUGCGCCAACCAAGAUUAACAAAUGCUCAUCGUGCCCUCGAAUUUGGAUGCGAAAUUAGCGCACAAGGCGGAUUCUAGGUUAUAAAAGAGGGACUGGCCUGGGCCUGGGGAACGAGAUGGCCUGGCAGUCUCUAUCUGGUAUGGGGGGUGGUGGAGGUCAAAAUAAUGGAGGUGGUAAUGUAGGUGAUGGAGGAAACCAAGCAAAUCAGCCUCAAGGAACAGAAUACACACUGCAAGGUGUUAUGCGAUUCUUACAAACUGAGUGGCAUCGACAUGAAAGGGAACGAAAUGCUUGGGAGAUCGAAAGACAAGAAAUGAAAAGUAGGAUAGCCAAGUUAGAGGGCAAUACUAGAAAACUUGAAGGGUCAAAUGAGAGUUUGAAGAAAUUCCUUACAAUGUUGGAGAGAGUGGCCAAGGAUCGAGAGGCACAAUUGAAAGCGAUCAAAUCUGGUGGCACAGCGCCGGUGCCAGCAAAUAAAGAGACCAAGGACAAGGAGUCGCGUUCAACUCAAAGAGAGGCACACAACUCAUUCCUCGCGGUUGAUGGAGAACCCGAUGCGAAAAAGGCGCUUCAAGCGGAGAAAGGUAACAUGAAAGAUUUUAUGGAUAAAUCUCAAGGAGAGCUCACUUAUCUUCUGGUCGCGCCACCAAAUCCUAUGCCACCACGAGAAGCCCCACCACCACCGGAGGAGAUUCUGCCUUUCGGAGUUAGCCAAGCUCAACACCAAAAUCUCGAGGAAAUGCAACAGCGCUACGCUGGGUCAAAAGUCAUGAGAGUACCAGAAUUAUCAAGAGCUCCCCCUGCGCCUUCUCCAACACCUAACCAUAAUCCACCACCAGUUCCAAGUCCCAAUAAACAUUCAGUACAAAAUCCCGAUAAUUCAGCGCCAAGGUUUUUAACAGACCAACUACCUUUACCACAACCUUCCCAGCAAGAAUGGUCUUCUACAUUUAGAUCUCCUGAGAAGGCUCAACCGGCGGAAGAGCCCAUUACAAAAGUCAAUCAUUCUUAUGACUCCUAUGGACGACCCGUUGAAACGGAAGAAGCGACAGAGAAGUCAGGUUCUUCUGAUACUGAUGGAUGGGAUUUCAAUGAACCAACUCAAACUGCAGAACAAGAAAAUAAGAUUGCAACUCAGAGACCUGAUACAGACGUAUUUCCAUCAGCGCAAGAUAUACCAAAAUCGCCUAUUCGUGGUCCAGGCUCACAUAGGAGAAAAACCUCCAUGUCAAGAAGGAAAAGUGGCGAACAUGAACUUUCAUUAAAUCCAACACAGAGGCCGGAUAGUGGUAGUUUCAAAGUUCGAUUCGGACUUAGAGGUCACCUAGAUGCAGUUCGUUCGGUAAUAUUUACUGGAGGUGGAAGUCCUGGAGAACCAGAAUUAUGCACAGCAGGCGACGAUGGUACAAUUAAAAGAUGGAUCAUUCCCGCCCGUUAUGAAGAUCAAGGUACAUUCCAUGUCAGUGCCAAUGAUUUGGAUAUUCAAAGUUAUUUUACUCAUCGUGGUCAUGCUGGAGCUGUCAUGUGCUUAACUGCUUGGUCUCCAUCACAAAACUUUGCCAGUGGUGGACGCGCACAAGGUGACGGAUGGAUCUUCUCUGGUGGCCAAGACGCUACUGUUAGAGUAUGGGAGCGAGGGCGAGUGGAUCCUAAAGCGACUCUCGAUGGUCAUACAGAUGCAGUAUGGGCAGUCUGUGUACUUCCUGGUACAACUGGAUCGAUCUUUGGUCAAACUAAUGCUUUUGGUGGACCAGAUCGUAUUAUUCUAGCGAGUGGUGCUGCAGAUGGCAGUGUCAAAGUGUGGUCUGUAAGCGCACCUCCACAACUUGUAUCGCCUUCAGGUGGAGGUAAUCGAAGAGGUGGCAGAGUUCGAGGUAACUCAAUGUCAUCUGGUUCAGCAUUUCCAUCAUCUCCUCAACCAAGCGUUGCUUCGACUUCGCCUUUCCAUUACACAUUAAUACAUUCGAUAACUAGACCUAAUAGCACCGCAUCCCCUACUUGUAUAACACCUUUAGCCACUUCAGGCGAAUCAUUUGCCGUGUCGUAUUCUGACGCAGCUGUUUUGGUAUAUGAUACAAGAACUGGUGAAGAAGUUGCCUCUAUGGCAAGUCUGGAAACAUCUAAUGGUACCCAAUCAACAGGAGUCAAUGCAAUUGUUGCAACUACUACUGGCCUUGAUAGUUCCUUGAGUUCUGACUCUAAUCGAGGAAUGUCUGAAGAUGAGAAUGUUGUUAGUGGAGCAACAGGUAGAAGUGGUGGUGUUGAAGGCAUUAUCAUCAGUGGCCAUGAGGACCGCUUCAUUAGAUUUUAUGAUGCUAAUAGCGGUCAAUGCACAUACAACAUGCUUGCUCAUCCAGCAGCUAUAUCUGCUCUUUCACUAUCCCCUGAUGGACGUGAGCUCGUCUCUGCAGGUCAUGAUGCCAGCCUACGAUUCUGGUCUCUAGAGACACGUAGCUGUACACAAGAGAUGACAAGUCAUCGACUUAUGCGUGGGGAAGGUGUAUGCUCAGUCGUAUGGAGUCAAGAUGGAAGAUGGAUCGUUAGUGGCGGAGGUGAUGGCGUCGUAAAAGUUUUUGCGCGCUAAUUUGUGAUAAUACCCCAUAUUCAAUAUUUUUCCUCUAAUUUCUUCAUUUGAGAUGAAACGCAUAUACAUCUUCUACAUGGAUCUAUGGAAUGAAUGAAAGGAUGGUCGAAAGGAGUGAUGAGGUUGGAUGUUAUAUGCAUUGCAUCUCACAUAUGAAUGUUCUUCGAUUUAUUUGGCAUUCUCUUCGCAUUUUUCACCAUUCAACAUAUCUUUUCACGCACUUAGGGGUUGUUCUUGCGUGGCAGAAGGGCGUACUUCAGUCAAAUUGUACUUUCAUGAUUUGGGAGUAGAAAGUAGGGAUCGAUAAAUUUGGAGGAAAUAUUCCAAUCCUAGGUGGAAAAUAGCAUGUGUUAAGAUGAGAUGAAAGAUGAGAUAAUGUUUUUGUAGUUUAGAUGAUACUUUUGUUUUUCUUGAUUCGGCAGAAAGUGAGUCUGCUGAUAACUUUUUGAUUGGCCUUUUAGCAAUAUUGAUGGGAGAUGAUUUGAUGAUGGAAGGGAGGAAAAGGAAUGGUAGAUGUGUUGUUUUGACGGGUUGUGCAUGGGUGAGUGAGCUAAUUAGACAAUUUGCUCGACUCGUUCAUGGAAGUGGAAGGCAUAGGGGGUACACGGGUUAUGUUAUGGGAAAGUAUAGAGCGGAGGCCAAUCUUGUACAAACAAUGGAAUGAAGAUACCUAUUUUCUUGGAAUCAUAUACGAGUUUUCAUCGUGUCAUGUAUGAGUAACCCAUGUAAUGAGAUUGAAGUAAUGAUAAAAGGUGGAUGCUCUGAUCCA